AUGAGUUCAGCAGCCCAAACUAUCACUGCAUCUCCAGCAGCAGUAGCAACAACAACAACAAUCACAACACCACCAACAGGAGCAGUCUUUCAACCAUUCAUUGGCAAUCGCGUUAAACCAACAUACCCAUUAAGACAAGUCCAACGUGGCGACCAAGAACUACAAUCAGAGGUUCUAAGAAGUUUCAGCAUAUCUAAACAUGGAAGAGGUAUCAAGAUGUUGCUCGAUCCCAAAGGAGAAAAGAUCUACAACGAUGGUACAGUUUUUAUGGCUACAAGAGAUUAUAGUUGUCUCAACAUCAUUAGAAAGAUGCACAAGGAAGCAAAAGAUGGGAAAAAGAAUCAUUUUACAAAAACACAUUCAUUUAUACUAAUUCCUUUCUUUAAAAGAAUAUUAUCAUCGGUAUCACCUUUUCAUACUGCUUCACAACUAAGAGAUUUUGGUUUCAAAUUUGCAAAUGGUGCAUUCACAAACGCCAACAAACAUGCAAAACAAUAUGGACCUGGUAGAAACAUUAGAGCAGAGGAGUAUACACAAUUCUGCCAGGCUCUGGGACGAUCUGAUAUCAAUAAAACAGAUGCCAACAAAAAGAAAAUAAUGGAGGAUAUUAAAGAAUUUUAUGCUCAAACAACGAUUACAGAACCUUCUUCAAAAUGUAGCACAAAGAACCAAAAGGAUGCCAACAAUAAGACAGUAAGAGUAUCGACACCAAUAAGAAAGCUACUGUGCCCAUCAAUUGCACAGGCAUAUGCUUAUUAUGUUGAAUUUAUUGCGAAAAAGUACAAAGACUGUUCAGACAAUGAUGAAAAGACACCAAUCCAUCGCAGUACAUUUUACAAGUUUGUACCAUCUGAUGUCAAAAUCUUCAACAACAGAACUGAUACUUGUCCAUAUUGCCAUCUAUAUGACGUGCUCAAGGCAAAAGCAGAAAAGACCACGCUCACAGAAAAGGAAGAUACAGAUUUUAAAACUUGUAAAAUUCACAAGGAAUUUGUUGAAAAGAGAAAAAAGGAUUUCGAGAAAAAAAAGGAAUCAUUGACAAAGGAUCAAGUCAUUGUAUUGAUGGACUUUAAAGAGAAUAUUGCACUUGGAAUGGGACCAGAAGAACUCAGUCAAAAUUUCUAUGGAAAACCACAAAGAAGCAUUCUGGGGAUGGUUAUUUACCAUAGAGAUCCAGCGACAAAUGAAGUGGUUAAAGAGCAUUUUGAUGUUUUUUCAGAUGUUUUAAAUCAUUGUUCGUCAUAUGUGAUUCAUAGUAUCAAGCUAUUCUUUUCCACAUCAGAGUUGUUCAAAGCUAGACACUUUUCACAAAUCUUCUUUUGGAGUGAUGGAGCAAAACAUUUCAAGUCUGCCGAGAUAUUAUCGUUUUGUAUUGACCUUAAAAAGUCACCAUCACAAAGCCUCAAUAGAGUGGAAUGGCAGUUUUCUGCACAAUAUCAUGGAAAGAGUGAUGUUGACAGACACUUUGCAGAUCUCUCAAACAUCACAGCUCAACAAUCAAAAUGUUAUGAUAUUUAUACUGGCAAAGAUUUUAUCAAAGGUGGUGACAGAUGUUACAAGAUCAAAGAGUUUUCUUUGGAUUCAUUAAAACACUAUGAUACCUAUAAAAAUAUUGCAGGUUUCUCUGAUUAUAAUGAAUUUAUGUACAUGGGCACUCAUGAAGUUAAUUAUGAACUUGAUCCCAUUAGAUUUACAUAUAAAUUUUUGUCUCAAAAGGUAAAAGUAGGCCAAGAAAUCGAUAUCAAGCGUGGUUUCAAAGAGGUUGGAGUAGAAGAAGCUCAAGUUGUAAAACUCAAACAAAGAAUGGUGAAUGCUACCAAGAUAAAGUUAAAUAUCCAAUCAUCUUCCUCGUCAUCAUCUACAUCAUCAACAGAACAAUAUGAUGAAAAGACUAGAAUUUCAGAACUUAAAUCGUUAAAUGUAAAACAAUUAAAAGUGAUUAACAAAGAAUGGACUUUUCGUUCAAAGGCUUUGAAAGGAGAAAUAAUUGAUACUAUCAUCAAAUAUGAAAAAGAAGCAAUCGCAGAAAAAAUGGCAUUAGCAAGAGCGGAAAAGAUUAAUCAAGAGAAAAGAGAUAAUUUAAUUUAUUUCCAACAACAACAUGAAGAAAAGAAAGAUAACAAAAGAAAAAACACAGAAGAACAAUCAACAAACAAUAAUAUUAUAAUACAAGAAGAAGAAGAAGAAGAAGAAGAAGAAAGAGUAUUCAAAAAAAGAAAAACUCACAAUAAUGCCAUUGUUGAUGAUGAUGAAGAAGAAAAAGAAGAAGAAGCAGCAGAAGCAAAUAGUAUUAAACAAGCUAUAGAAGAAAAAAGAAGAAAGUUUAAUGCUAUGUUUGUCGAUCAAGAAGAGGCAAUCCAAACAAGACAUCAUCCCAAAAAAGAUAACGAACAAGAUGUAAUCAUGGGAGAUAUUGGUGGUGAUGAUGAUGAUGAUGAUAUGGAGGACAUACCAUGCACCGAAUUUAAAGAUGUUUGCGGCACAACCCCUAUUCUUGAAUCCAUCCAAGAAGAAACUGAAGAACGUAAAAAACUAAAAUUGGAGAAAAAGAUUUUAUCUAUUGUUAAGACCUUUGAACAACAAAUUCGUGAAGGAAAGAACAACAUCACAAUCGACAAACCUGCUUCGAAACCACAAGAACAAGGACAAUGGAAUCUCAAAAUAUUCUCAAUGGACGCUCUCUUUUCUAUCGAAAAUUUCAAAAAUACCAUUGACAAGAUCAUCCAACUUUUGGCCAACUACUUCAAGGGGUAUUCACUUGACCAAGGCUUUAAUAUCUCUCUCGUCCCUAUUCUCUAA